AUGACAACCUCUUACACCAUCAAUUCCACCUUCAAGCUGAACAGCGGCUAUGAAAUUCCGCUGCUAGGUUUCGGUGUAUACUUGACCCCGCCAGAAGAAACUGAGAAGGCUGUUUUGGAAGCGUUCAAAGCCGGCUACCGCCACGUAGACUCGGCCGCUUUCUACAAGAAUGAAAAAGAUUGUGGAAAAGCUAUCAAGACUAGCGGGCUGCCCCGAUCCGACAUCUUUUUCACGACCAAGAUUCCCCCUAAGCUAAUGUCAUACGAAGCCGCAAAGGCGCAAGUUGAUAAGAGUCUGCAAGAAUCGGGACUGGAUUACAUCGACCUUGUACUCAUUCAUGCGCCUUACGGUGGCUCAGCGGCCCGGAAAGCUGUGUGGAAAGCACUUGUGGAAGCUGUCGAAGAAGGCAAGGUCCGAUCUAUUGGCGUCAGCAAUUAUGGCGUCCACCAUCUUGACGAAUUAGAAAAGCACAUUGCGGAGCUCGAGACCGAAAGGGGUGGUAAGGGCAAAGGAGGUGUCAUCUCAGUUGGCCAGUGGGAGAUCCACCCGUGGUGCCGUCGUGAGGAUAUCGUUGAGUGGUCCAGGAAGCGCAAUAUCGCUGUUGAAGCCUACUGCCCUGUUGUCAGGGGUGAGCGAUUUGGUGACCCGACGCUGGUUAGCCUCGCGGAGAAAUACGGCAAGACUCAGGCUCAGAUCUUGAUCCGAUGGAGCUUGCAGAAAGGUCAUCUCCCGCUUCCCAAGAGCGUUACUCCUUCCAGAAUCGUCGAAAACGCCGCAAUCUACGACUUCGAGUUAUCUCAGGAGGAUGUUGAGAAGUUGAACACAGACGUGUAUGCCCCUAUUGCUUGGGACCCUGUUAAGUCUAGCCUGAACGACUAA